GUAGACGGCCACGAGGGGGGCUGCUCCCUCCCUUCCAGCCACUGCCUGCGCACAAGCAAGCAGAUCUGAGGCGAACACAUGUGGUAUGGGAGUGGACGGAAAGGGGGCAAGAGUGGGGGUUGGCGGGCGGAGGCAACUUUGUUCUGCGCUGCCGACUGUGUGGGGAGGUGUUCACGGGUCUGAGGUCCAGAGCAGUGGAGCACUUCACGAAACCGAAGGCACACUGCCCCCGACGGAAUGGGGAGAUUUGUAUAGACUGCAAGCGGCUGGUGCUUUGGUGAGGGAUGCAUUGUCACUGAGACUGACUGCUGAACACGCAGACAGGAUGGAUGGAGAGCUCGCCGCAGGGGACCUGCGUGAGUUGGACGAGCCAUGUGAGCCGGUGUCGGAUGGUGCAGGUGGAGUUGGAGACGGUGAUCGUGGGGAGGGUGGUACACAGCAGGGGCAGGAUGCCGGGACUGUGAGAGAUGAGUUGCGGGGCGUUGAAGGUGCAGGAGAUGGUGGAGGGGAUGGAGGGGGAGCUUGGGUUACUGGCACGACGGCCACCACCUCCACACAGGUGGUGGCGAGGAGGAGACAGACGACCCUAGAUGUUCAUGUAGGGAACAAGGUCCAACAGGAUAUUGAUCGUUUGUUGGCCCUUGCUAUCUAUCGAGGUGGAGUGCCCUUUAGCUGGUUGCGGUUGAAGGAGACGCAGGACUAUUGGAACUACAUAGUCACACUCUUGCGUCCUUCGAUCGUGCCAGUACCACGACUGCUGACAUACGAGGGAGUCCGCAUGAGGAUGAUGGACAUCAUUUUCCACGAGGUAGCAGACCUCAUUGCACCUAAAAAGGCGAAGUGGGCUACCACAGAAUGCACGUUGCUGACAGAUGGGGCUACCGACACAAUCAACAAGCCCAUCAAGAACUUCAUAGCAGCAGGACAGUCCGGACCCAUCCUCAUCCGGACCAUCGACAUGUCACAUCGGGAGAAGACGGAAGUCGGCCUGGCAGAGAUAUGGGAGGGAGUGAUCAGAGAUGACAUUGGCAUCGACAAGGUGAAUGCCAUCUGCACCGACAACGCAGAAGUGAUGAAGACAGCAGCCGGCAUUCUGCAGUCACACCCUGACCCACGUAUUCGUCGCAUACCUUGGAUCCCGUGUGCAGCACAUUGCUUGAGCUUGCUGCCGAGGGACAUUGCGGCGCAGCCUUGGGCGACCACUGUCAUGAGGAAGGCGGAUCAUUUAGUCAAGUUCAUGCGCAACAAACAGCGAGCCUUAGCACUUCACAAGACCAUGAGGAACGCGCUUGUACUGAAGCGACCAGCGGAGAGGCGUUUUGGGACAGCGUUCAUGAUGCUGGAGAGGCUAUAUGAGCAGAGAGGUGUGUUAGACAAGCUCGUGUCAGGGGAGUCGUGGGCGCAGGUGCGGUGGACUAGUGAUGCGAGGAGGGAUGAGCCCGAGGUGCGUAGGAUGUGCACAGGCAAUUCUUUGUGGGGGCGGGUGAAGAUGGUUCUGGACGUCAUGGCCCCGUGCUUCAGGUUCCUUAGGGACAUGGACAGGGAUGGGUCGUCACCCACAGGAUUGUGGGAUUUGGAGAGCAUAUUGCGGGGGAGGGUCAAGGCUCUUGGACUGACGGAGGAUGAGAGGAGAGCGGUCAUGGAUAUCAUAUCCGACAGAUGCAGGAUGAUGCGUCAGCCUGCCCAUGCGGCAGCGUAUCUGUUGGAUCCUCGUCGUCGCAUUGUGGAAUUUCCAUUUCGAGGACCCUCGCUAUUGGCCGAAGACUGGAGCGCACUGGUGGACGAGUUUGCGGUCAAGGACGCGGCGGAGGGGGGGAUGCAUGCAGCGAUGUGGUGGGAGGUUCACGGUCGCCAGCAGCCGAGACUGCAGAUGAUUGCGAAGAGGGUUUUGGGUAUGUGGUCCACGGCCAGUCCUUGCGAGAGGAACUGGUCCACCCACGAUUUCAUCCACACGAAGAGGAGGAACCGCCUUUCUGUAGAGAGUGUCGAGAAGCUGGUCUUCAUUCACUGGAACUUGGAGCUCCUCAGUGCCAGCAGGAGGACGGACAGCCGGUACAUUGAUGUGUGGGAGGACCAGGUGGAGGACCCCGCGGAGGAGAUCGACGUUGACGACAGUGUCCCCGCAGCGGUGCCAGAGGAGGAGUGGGAGGAGAUCGAUAGGAGGAACAUGAGGAAGGAGGGGCGUAAUCGAUUUGGAAAGGGGAAGGCACCGAUGGAGGAUGAGGAUGAGGAUGAGGAGGGUGAUGAGGCCCUUUGGCAAGAUGCGGUAUGGAUGCACAGAGAGAUGAUGGAGGCAGGGCAGGAGCAGAGAGACGCAGGCUGUACGUUGCCUGAGGACCAACAUGACUUAUUGGACGAGUGGGGUGGAGCAGACCCUCACAUCAAUUUCGACGCGUACAUCGGGCAGAGUGUGGAUACCGUGAGGAGUCUACGGGGGAGGGUUGGGGGUGGGUUAGAUUUUGAGGAGCUUCUGGGGGUAGGGCAGGAGGAGGAGAGAAGUCAGCACGUUCCACAUUCGUCGACUGCCGGAGAGGGAGGACAUACUGGAGUUGUUUCAGUUGAUACAUGUACGUCGGCUUCUGCAGCACCCCAUCACGCUGCUGAGAGGAUUCUGCGAGGGGCAGAGGAGAUGAUUGGGAGGGAGGGUCAUCAUGCGGAUGACAGGCCGGAGGACACACACCAGAGGGUGGAGCAGAGGGUAGAUGGGGUGGUGCACGACAGGGCGGAGCAGAGGGUUGACCAGAGGAUUGAACACCGGAGAGAGCGGAGGGAUGGACACAGCUUGGAGGUUCAGGUGGACGUUACCAUGGACGAGAGCGUAGUUCGACGGACGGAGGACAGGGGCAGUGAGAGGAGGGGUGUGGCAUCUACACGCGAGAUGUCCCCUGGCAGUGCCCUACACCACCCCCCAUCGGUGACUUUACGAUGCCCGGCUGCGCACGCGAGUGGAGCAUCCACUUCAUCAGCGGCGGCUGGCCCGCCUGUGCGUAGUCCAUUAGGCAUGCCACCGCUCCCUGCACGACUUCAAUCAGCCAUUGUUGAUAAUGUGAAGACAAGUCGUGCAGGCAGGAAGAGGAGGAGGGAGGAUGACGGAGGCGCAUUACCACCUCCUCCACGACAAAAGGUUGGCACAGGCAGACCUCGUGGUUGCCCGCGAGGCUCAGGGUCAGGCAGGGGUCGAGGCAGGGGUCGAGAUUCACGGGCGAUGAGUGCAUUGGAGGCAGACGACGCGGGUGAGGAGGACGUUGGGCAGUGCACCACUGCAUGCACUGGUUUGACGGUGGGAGUUCGCACAAGGUCUCAGGCCUCGACUGGAGUUCCCGAUAGGAAAUCGACUCGUAUCAUUGACGACGAUUCAGAUGCCUCCUCAAGUGAUGGCCUUUCUGGUAGUGACUACGUGGAUGAGAGGGAUACUGAGACUCGUGCCCGGGGAGAGGACGAGAGUGGACAUGACGAUAGCUCAAAUGGUAAUGGGCACGAGGACGACUAGAGGGAUGUUCACUACUUUGUUGAGGGAUGUGUUCUGUCAUCGGUGGUUGUAGCAUGGAGGAACUUGGGCGUUCAUGUUGCAAUUU